CAAUUUACCGAAGAUGAUUUAAUGAACAGCUUUCAUCUGCUGCUCUGUACCGUGGAUUUCAUAUUCCAGGACCUCAGGCAUUCCGAACUGUCACAUCUACUAGAUGGUGAUUUUGUGAAUGCUGUUGAAAUACAACCGGAGGAUGAUUCGCUGCUGGAAACAUUAUGCCAAAUAUUCGAAGGAGUUGUACUGGAUGCAAAACAUUUCCGAACUCAUUGUUGGUUACCACGAAUGCGUAAAAUGAUCGAUGAUAAAGUUAUCGAUGUUUCGGAACAUUUCUCGAAUUUUGUCGCCAAUGAGCCCACUAACAAGUAUGAAUUUUUACGCCCAGUUUUACUAUUUUUUGUAUUUAUAGAAUAG